CAGUCGGUAGAGGAAUUCCGAUCACGAAAUUUUUUACUUGGAACUGUAAUAGGUUGGCAUUUUCUGUCACAACGUCUAGCAGUCGAACAGUCGCUUUGAUUUGAAAUUUCCGUUCAAGGGAUUGGUGGUUGCAUACGACUGUCUAUGGUCAUGUGUGUGGUUUGGCGUAAGGAUUCACGAAUGGUAUGGUAUGGCAUGGCAUGAUGACAGCCGAGGUUUCCAGCAGAUCUUUAAGCAAGAAGAAAAUGGAAUUGGAAUGGCGGGUAAAGUCGGAGUGGUCCAAUGUGUUCUUUAGAGAGGUCAAAGCCCUAGCGAUGAGGAAAUUGACUCUUGGGAAUCCAGUGCGCCGGCUGAAAUGCAGGUCCAAAAACAGGAUCCACCACCAUUACCUCAUCUCACAUAUGAGAAUGAAACUUGUCAUACACCAAGGGUCCGGAAGGCGUGGUUCUGCAUAUCAAUUACGAAACUUGAAUGUGUGUGUUUAUUAGCGGUGGCGGAAGAGCGACUUUCAUUUCACGAUUGAAUUUUUUAUGAGUACAUUUAGGGGAGUUUGGAAUUUGAGCUCUUCAUAGCGAUAGCGAGCGCAGCGGUUUAAGGGAGUUUUUGUUUUUAGAGACGGCUCGUCCAAUACGAUAUGGAUUGUUCUAUUAAUCAUCCUAAACCGGAUUUUUAUGGAUGAAUUUUCAGAUGAUGGAUGGACGGGGGGACACUAGGAACGAUGGAGUCGAUAUGAUACUGCUGGAACUUUUCCAAUAGCUAUCCUCGUGGAUUGAGAGGAAAUAGAUUACACGAAUAUGAAUCAAG